AUGUUGAACAUUCCAUCUCAGUCGUUCCCUGCGCCGAGCUCUCAGCAGCGGGUAGCUCAGCCCGGCCAGUCGGGGAGGACCAAGGUUGCCUUGAAACCAGGCCACAGUCUUAUGGACUGGAUUCGGUUCUCAAAAAGUGGAAAAGAUCUAACCGGCUUCCGGGGGCGUCUGAUCGAAGUUACCCAUGAAGAAUUGAAGAAACACAACUCCAGGAAUGACUGCUGGACUAGUAUACGAGGUAUGGUGUAUAAUGUCACCCCCUACAUGGACUAUCACCCUGGUGGAGAAGACGAGCUGAUGAAGGCAGCGGGCAUAGAUGGCACCGACCUCUUUGAUCAGGUUCAUCGGUGGGUUAACUAUGAGUCCAUGUUGAAAGAAUGCCUGGUGGGUCGGAUGGCUACAAAGCCCACUACAGCAAUUAAAGCUAUUAACCCACCACCUCAACCAGUCUUCACCCCCUCAAACCAAAUGGCUCCUCUGGCUGUCAAAGACUCUCGUCCUCGGUAUGACUGGUUCCAAACGGCAAAAACAGUUCAUCUGGUUAUCUAUGCCCAAAGGAAGGUACCAAGCUCUGGCUGUACGGUUGUUGAUCUUAAGGAUGGCAUACUACGAGUAGAAGUGCUGCUUGGAAAAAUGUCCUACAUUAUACAUUUACGUCUUUCUGAAAAUGUAAAUGGAAACAUUGCUGUUCAGACUGCCUUUUCUGUGGGAAAGAUCCAGGUGACCAUCUACAAGCAAGCAGAAGGAAAAUGGUCAAGCUUUGGUCAGCCGUUGGAAUUCCACGACACAUUUUUAGGCAAAAAGGACAGAGGUCUUUUCUUCCGAGACUGCAUAUUGGUGUCGAAGACUGAGCUAAACCAUAACACGCAUAUGUUUCAAUUACAACUUCCAAGUGGGACUGUCAUGCAUGUGCCUGUUGGGGCACACCUCUACUUCAAAUCCCUCAUUCAAGACGUAGAGGUAGUGCGGCCGUACACCCCAGUGGAUCAGGGUCUUUCUGUUGAGCCAAAUAACUCUUCAGAAAAAAACAACCUCUUCUUCAUCAUUAAGGUUUAUCCUGAUGGAGUACUUACUCAACAUCUCAACAGCCUAUGCUUAGGUGACCAUGUAUCUGUUAGUGGUCCACAGGGUACCUUCAGUCUCCGCCCCCUUCGUGAUACCACAGUUCUCUACCUUUUAGCAGCAGGCACAGGAUUCACUCCAAUGUCUCGUCUCAUUCAACUGGCACUACAGGAGAUCACCACGAUCAGGAAAACUUUGUUGCUGUUUUUUAACCGUCGGGAAGCGGAUAUUCUUUGUCGAAAGGAACUGGAUGAACUAACUGCCAAUGAUGAAAGGUUCCAGGUGGAGCACAUCCUCUCGGAGCCGUGUGAAAGCUGGACCGGCAGGAAGGGCCGUGUUGACGAUGCAGUAAUCAAGGAUUUUCUCAGUAGGCCAGAGGGCUCAAAGUGCUAUGUGUGUGUAUGUGGCCCCACUCUCUUUACAGAGGAGACAAUAAGGUUGGUGAAGCAACAGGGCUUCAUUGAAGAAGAAUUCCACGCUUUCCACGGCUGA